ACUGCUUCCCUCUCUCUCUUUUGCUCUUAUUCUUUCUCUCUCACUCUCUCUCUUUUCCCACCCUUAAGCCAAGUACAGGGAUAGCUGUCUCAUUAUUGGUGGCUUAAAAUGAUGUUUUUGAACAAGAAGACGCUGGGUACUUUUGGUGACUAGCACUAUCUCUGUUUUUUUCCUUUUAAAUUCCUGAGCUAUUGUUUACCAGUAUGCCCUUUUAUCUCCAUUGCUGCUGAAGCUGAAUGUUACUUGAGUGGAAAGCAUAACUGCUUUCUUUUCUACGUCCUUAAACCCUUUGAUAAUGUUACUGUUUGAGAGUCCCUAAAGCCAGGGUUCUAGGAGACUCUGGCAUGUCUGAACAGCUGAACUAGAAAAUAAUGGAGUAGGGCAGGUGCUGUGCUGUCCUGAGGCCUGGGCCAUGGUGCCCAAGGAAAGCCCCUGAAGCUCACCAGGAGGAAGAAGUAUGCAGGGCACCCCUGGAGGAGGGACGUGCCCUGGGCCAUCCCCUGUGGACAGGCGGACACUCCUGGUCUUCAGCUUUAUCCUGGCAGCAGCUUUGGGCCAAAUGAAUUUCACAGGGCACCAGGUUCUUCGAGUCCUGGCCAAAGAUGAGAAGCAGCUUUCACUUCUCAGGGAUCUGGAGGGCCUGAAGCCCCAGAAGGUGGACUUCUGGCGUGGCCCAGCCAGGCCCAGCCUCCCCGUGGAUAUGAGAGUUCCUUUCUCCGAACUGAACGACAUCAAAGCUUAUCUGGAGUCCCAUGGCCUUGCUUACAGCAUCAUGAUAAAGGACAUCCAGGUGCUGCUGGAUGAGGAAAGAGAGGCCAUGGCGAAAUCCCGCCGGCUGGAGCGCAGCACCAGCAGCUUCAGUUACUCCUCAUACCACACCCUGGAGGAGAUAUAUAGCUGGAUUGACAACUUUGUAACGGAGCAUUCCGAUAUUGUCUCAAAAAUUCAGAUUGGCAACAGUUUUGAAAACCGGUCAAUUCUUGUCCUGAAGUUCAGCACUGGAGGUUCUUGGCACCCAGCCAUCUGGAUUGACACUGGAAUUCACUCCCGGGAGUGGAUCACCCACGCCACCGGCAUCUGGACUGCCAAUAAGAUUGUCAGUGAUUAUGGCAAAGAUCGUGUCCUGACAGACAUACUGAAUGCCAUGGACAUCUUCAUAGAGCUCGUCACAAACCCUGAUGGGUUUGCUUUUACCCACAGCAUGAACCGCUUAUGGCGGAAGAACAAGUCCAUCAGACCUGGAAUCUUCUGCAUUGGCGUGGAUCUCAACAGGAAUUGGAAGUCAGGCUUUGGAGGAAAUGGUUCUAACAGCAACCCCUGCUCAGAGACUUAUCAUGGGCCCUCCCCUCAGUCGGAGCCGGAGGUGGCUGCCAUAGUGAACUUCAUCACAGCCCAUGGCAACUUCAAGGCUCUGAUCUCCAUCCACAGCUACUCUCAGAUGCUCAUGUACCCUUAUGGCCGAUCGCUGGAGCCCGUUUCAAAUCAGAAGGAGUUGUACGAUCUUGCCAAGGAUGCGGUGGAGGCCUUGUAUAAGGUCCAUGGGAUCAAGUACAUUUUUGGCAGCAUCAGCACCACCCUCUAUGUGGCCAGUGGGAUCACUGUCGACUGGGCCUAUGACAGUGGCAUCAAGUACGCCUUCAGCUUUGAGCUCCGGGACAUUGGGCACUAUGGCUUCCUGCUGCCGGCCACACAGAUCAUCCCCACGGCCCAGGAGACAUGGAUGGCGCUUCGGACCAUCAUGGAGCACACCCUGAAUCACCCUUACUAGCAGCAUGACUGAAGGCGGGGCAGGAGGCUCCAUCCUUCUCCCCAAGGUCUGCGGCUCCUCCUGAAACACAUUAUGCAUCCCCAUCCCCAUGCCCUCAUCCCGAUCUCUUAGAAAAUAAAUACAAGUUUGAACAGGC